AAACAACCAACAUGGCCGCGCCCAGUGUUCGGGGCAUGGAAAGAAGGCAUGGAUUCUGAAGCUUUCACCUAAAAUUUUAAAAGUAAAACUGUGACUACAUAUUCAACUACCAGACUACCAUGUGAGAGGAGUAGACUGGUCCAGCUCGGAACUAUGGACAUGGCAACAGCAGGGCCGGUGGUGCUAGACGUGCUGUCUAGGGCGUGUAGCCAGGACGCCAGCGUACUGAAACCUGCCGAGCAUCAACUGCAGCAGUGGGAGACACAGCCAGGCUUCUACUCCAUUGUCGCUAGUAUAUUUAGCAACCACGAUAUAGACACAAACGUGCGGUGGUUGGCGGUGCUGUACUGUAAGAAUGGCAUUGACAGGUACUGGAGGAAGACGGCUCCUCAUGCCCUGGCAGAGACAGAAAAGGAUCUGAUACGUAAACAACUCAUCUCCAACUUCAAUGAACCAGUUCCACAGGUAGCGACCCAAGUGUCGGUGUUGACGGCAAAAGUUGCACGCCUCGACUGUCCACGGGGAUGGCCUGAGCUUAUACCGACAGUUCUACAAGCUGUGCGAUGUGAUGACCAGUUAGUCCAGGAGAGGGCGCUGCUGACACUGCAUCACGUGACAAAAAUGCUUGCAUCCAAACGACUAGUUGCGGAUAGGAAAAUGUUUGAGGAUGUGACGAAGGAAAUCUUUGGCUACGUCCUGAGUCUGUGGAACAGCCAUCUGUCCCACUUUCUGCAACUGGCCAGCAGCCACGACGAGGGCAUGGUGCUGGCGGUAGACCGCUGCAUUCUCACGCUCAAAAUUUUAAGGAAGCAGACAGCAUUUGGAUUCCGUGAAAUUCACACGAACCAAGAAACGGUUUCUUUCCUUGGCUCCAUCUUCCCGCACCUGGAGGCCAUGUUGGACUGUCGGCGGAGUCUGUGGGGUCACCACCAUGUAGUGGAGAAGUGUGAGAGGGUCAUUGUCACCUUGACCAAGAUACUCCUCGAUGUCCUCACCAUGCAUCCAAACUCGUUUCUUGGUUACAUCAAAACUACGCUGCAGUUUGUAGUAAAAUACAACUUCACGGAAAAAGGUCUUCUCUUUGAACGGUUUGCCGUCAACUGCUUCAAUCUGAUGAAGGGGAUCCUUUUCAGUGAGACCUACAAACCCAGGAAAGCUGUUCAAGACCAAGAGCCAGUGAGCCAGAUUAGUAUGGAAGCGCAUCAGAUAGUGAAGGAGUUCUUUACGUUCCAAAUGUUGGCGGAGAUAUGCCGCCGUCUCGUGCUGCAGUAUUUUCUAUUGACGACAGACGACCUGACCACCUGGGAUGCAGAUGCUGAGGAGUUCUGUCAGGAAGAAGGAGGGGAUUCAUUCAAAUAUUCUCUCCGGCCAUGCACAGAGGUGCUGUUCCUGACAAUCUUCAAGGAGUUCAGCCUCUCACUCACCCCGAUCCUAAUGGAAAUGGUACAGUCCAUUCACGGACCAUGUGACCCUGAGAACCUGGAGGCCAUUUUAAAAAAGGAUGCGAUUUACAAUGCUGUUGGACUGGCAUCAUAUGAUCUGUAUGACGACAUUGAUUUCGACAACUGGUUUUCGUCAACCCUAUUGGCGGAACUGCGAGUUAAAAAUGACAGCUACCGUAUUGUGAGGAAGCGUGUCAUCUGGCUGAUUGGUCAGUGGGUGAGUGUGAAGCUGUCGGUGAAGCUGCGACAGACACUGUAUGAAGCCAUCCUGACGAUGUUGCGGACAGAGGAGGACCUGGCCGUCAGACUGGAAGCAGCAGCGACACUACGGAGUGCUGUCGAUGACUUUGAAUUCAACCCAGAACAACUGCUGCCGUAUGUGGAGCCACUGUUCUCACACCUCUUCCAGCUGCUUACCCAUGUCAGGGAAUGUGACACAAAGAUGCAUGUGCUUCAUGUCUUCUCGUUUGUGAUAGAGAGGAUGGGGGCCAUGAUCCGUCCCUAUACAGCAGCCCUGCUACAGUAUCUACCUGGCCUCUGGCAGGAGUCUGCUGACCACAACAUGCUCCGCUGUGCCAUCUUGUCUACACUCAUACACCUUGUCCAGGGUUUUGGGUCCAUGUGUACCAACUUCCAUGACUUCCUGCUGCCUGUGAUACACCUCAGUACCGAUGUGACCCAGGACCCGCAUGUGUACCUGCUGGAAGAUGGCCUUGACCUUUGGCUUAUGACCUUGCAUCACUCCCCGCUCCUCACUGAAGGCCUCCUCAAACUCUUCAACAACAUGCCUUCAUUGCUAGAGCUGGGUACAGAGAACCUGCGUGUGUGUCUGAAGAUCAUCGAGGCAUACAUCUUGCUGGGCCCUAGAGACUUCAUGCAGCACUUCCACACAGUGCUGGUGUCCAGCCUCUCAAGUCUGAUGACCGACAUCCGGGCCGAGGGCCUUAUCCUCAUCCUGCGACUGAUCGAACUUGUCUUUCGAGCAUUCCCCGCAGACGGUCCUCGACUUUUCUCCCCCAUGCUACCAGGACUGCUGAAGGAUCUUCUGGCUCCAGAGGAGAAUCCCAUGCUGAUGUCAAUGUACCUGUCUCUGUUCAGUCGUGUGCUGCUGCAGAGCCAGGAACUGAUGUGGUCCGUGUUGGAGCAGACGGCACCUCACCUGGGACAGGAUAGCCAGCAGGCACUGGGGAAUCUCCUCGAUCUGUGGUGUGAAAAGAUGGACUGGGUCUCUCAGCCGGAGCGGAAGAAAAUCUGUGCUCUUGCCCUGUCAUCACUCCUUACAGUCAACCUCAGCACGGUGGUGGACAAAUUCUCCAGCAUCAUCAACAUGUGUGUUGAGGUCCUCCAUGAUGUGUGCCGGCAGGAUGAGGUUACGGGUGUGCAGAUGGACUUCCUGGUGAUGGGUGACCAGGAUGGUCCCCCGGAGGCUGGGAUGGACGGGGACCAGGAAGAUAACGAACAUGAGAGGAGGAAGAAGAUGCUAUCUCGCCAGGACCCAGUCCACUGUGUGUCUCUGAAGGACUACAUGGUGUCACAGCUCACACAGUGUCAGCAGAGUCACGGACAAGUCAACUUUGACCGUCUCAUGGAGUCAGUGGACCCGGACAUCAACUCCCAGCUUAGGAUGUUCUGUGCCUGAAUGUUCUGGAACACACGGCAGUAGAAUGUUUUGUACCCAUCACAUGUGGCACACCAAUUCAAACCUAAGGACGUUAUAUACUCGACUAUUCUGCAGCUCUGUGGCCAUGUCAGCUUGCAUUGCAACUGGAGGAUGUUAUUGUGUGUUCCGACUUGCAACCAAGUAUUCAGUACUGUGCGUGGCUAGUUGAUCUGCUAAGACCAGCAACCAAUAAGUUAUUUGUUAUAUCUAAACUGUAGACAUAUCAAACACCAAGCAAUGACAUGAAUGACCUUGUACACUUCGAGAUUGAAGGUAACUAACUUGUCAUUAUGAGUGCACAAGGCACCCAUGAAGAUCCGGGUUAGAAUUGAUCUUCAGUAACCCAUGCUUGUCGUAAGAGGCGACUAACAGGAUCAGGUGGUCAGGCUCGCUGACUUGGUUGACACAUGUCAUCGUAUCCCAAUUGAUCGUAUAGAUUGAUGCUCAUUCUGUUGAUCACUGGAUUGUCUGGUCCAGACUCAGUUAUAUAUAGACCAUAUAGCUGGAAUAUUGCUGAGUGCGGCGUUUGACAAGCAAACCAAACCAAAAGCACAAGACUUUUCACACCAGUUGCCUCAAGGUGUGACGAGAGGCAAUCAUGACAGACCAGCAAACACUGACACAACAAACAUUACACCAUGAUGAUAUCAGGCCAGUGACUAGUCAAGUUAGAUAGCAGGAUAUUCAACACAUGUUAUGACAAAUAUUUCAACAUGGCUUCCCUGAAUUGACUGGGGAAAAGUAGGACUAUGGGAGACUGACUGAAGAGAUACAGUGAAACCUGGCUAGUCUGGAACCCCUACAAUCUAGUGGUUUGUGGGAAUGUGCACAUACAAGUAAGAGGGACCAGAGGCCCAGAUAAGCUGUGUAUUUAGGUAAAAUACGCACAGAAAA